AUGAUCACUUGCCAUUUUCACCAACAACACCCUCCCCUCAAGGCAGUUUACAGCGCUCUAUUCGAGAUAAUAAUAAAUAAUAAAAAAGGGGAGAGGGGUGAGGUUUGGAGUGGGGCGGGUAUUGGAAGGGUGAGUCCAGCGCUGCGCCCCGGAGGCUCUGGUCUCGCUGCGCGGACAAUGCCCCAGCGCUGUCCGGCCGCUGGCCACGCUAACUCUCCCCCCUCCGCUCCCCGUCCAACCCCGCUCGGCUUUUUCCACCCCACCAAAGUGGCUGGUCCCUCUCACUUCCUACUCCUUGUGUCAAAAAGAGAAGGGGAUAAAAAAAAACACCCCAGCCUUCCUCAGUUGCAGAGACUGCGCUGCCUAAUGUAUGCGAGUGAACUUUCUCUGAACCGCAGCCAGCCUGCUAACCUUGAAAUGACCCAGCCUUGCCUGACAUCACUAGCUCCCAGGAUCCUUGCACAGAGCCGCAGAAGCCCACAGCAAGGCAGGCUCGGGCUGCAUCCGAGAGGGAGAGCCCACCACUGUACAGAGAGGACGGGUGGGGUAAUCGGGGCAAACAGAUCCAGUGCAUUAAAGACACCCCGCCGGGGAAAAAUGCAACAUGCCCCUCCCCCGGCAAAUCAUAAACAUGAUCAUCUUUCUGCAGAUGCUGGAAAUCCAGAGCAACACACAGACGCACAAAGCGCUGGAGGAACUCAGCAGUGGGAACUGCGAGAAGAUGGCACGCCCUGGAAAGUGGGAAUCUGUAAUGAGCGAUGUUGUCCUGUGAAGGCAGAACCUCCCAGAAAACAACCUAAGUUUGCCCAACCGCUCAACAUCGCACAUCCUGGUAAACAACUUCUUCAUCCUGUCCAAAGACUCGACGUCUGGGGUGACCAGAAUUGUAUGCAAUACUCCAGGAGCUGCCUAGAGUUUUAUAAAGUACUUGUAAUUCGAUAUUUUUGAGCUAAUCUUGUAGGUACAGGUAAGUCUGCCAAUCCUACGCCCGCUGCAAGGAGCCAUGUGCGAUGGCGGCACAUACUAGAAAUAUGGUUACAGCACCUAACGUACAACAUUGCAAAAGACUGCAGCAGGCUGAAAGCUCAGCCAGCACUAGCCUCCCCACCAUCAAGGACAGCUUCAAAAGAUGUCCAUCAGCAGGGCAUGUUCUCUUCUCAUUGCUACCAUUAAAGUGGAGGUACAGGAGCCUGAGGACACACACUCAAUGUUGUAGAAACAGCUUCUUCCCUUCCACCAACAGAUUUCUGAAUGGACCAUGAACCCAUGAACACUACUUCACUAAUUUUGCUCUCUGUUUGCACUGUUUAUUCAAUUUAAUUUAAUUUAUAUGUAUUUUUUAUUGUACAGUAAUUCAUAGUGUUUUUAUGUAUUGCACUGUACUGCUACAAGACAACUAAUUUCAGGACAUAUGUCUGUGAUAUUAAACCUGAUUCUGUA